UUUUAUUGACUUCGGAAGUCUAAAGAAUUGUCUGCUUUUAUUAUAAUUUUUUUAAAAUAUACUGUCAAAAUACUAUAUAAUAGAAGUUGAAAUGUUGGUAAUUAUUAAAAAUCUUAUUUUAUUCCUAACUUACUUUUUAAACUUCUUCUAUAUUUAGAUUGUUUCGCUUUUAUAAAAAUUUAAUAACAAUAAUAAUAUAGUCAAUCUUGCUUUCUACGUAUAUCAAUAUUGCAGUUAAUAUAUAUUUGGAUAUUGGUUCGCUUUCUUCUUUAUAAAACUUUUGUUUCUGUAUAUUCCUCAUUAUUAUUUUUAUUCUGUAUGUUUUCUUCUACUCAGAUAUUGUACACUUGCUCAGGUAUUUUUACAAAAAAAAUAAAAUUUUGAUAAAAAAUUCAGUUAAAAUUGGAUAAAAUAACUUAACCUUGUCUGAAAAAUAGAUUUUUUUUUUUUGAUUGUUCUAACUAGUUAAUUUCCCAGUUACUUUUUUUGAAAGUAACUAGUUAUUUUUAUAAUUAUUAUAGUUAAUUUAUUAUUUUUUUCCAUCAUAAUAAUGGCAAUUAAUCUAAAUAAAAUAUAAGUUAAAAAAAUUUUUUUUUUAAUAUAUUCUUAAAAAAAAAAAUUAUCUUAAUUUAAAAUGUUCGAUGUUUCUUAUUUUAUUACUAAUAUAAUUGUAAUUGAAAUUCUUUUAAAAUUUGAGUUUUCCUAAAAUUUGCUAAAAUAUUUAUUUAAUUAUAAAUAUAAUUAAAAAAAUUUAAUUAUCAAUAUUCAGAUUGUUUAAUUAAAUAAAAUAGUUUAUCUAAAAUUGAGAAAAAUUAUUAAUGAUAAAAAUCAUAAUCGAAUAAUUAUUAUUUUCUAUUUUAUUUUAUUGUAUAUAUAAGAUAUUAUUGCUGUUAUUACUAAUGGUUAAAAUUUGAAUAUUGUUGGAACAUUCAUAAUCCUAAUUCAUAUAUAAAAAAUUCAUUUGUAAUAAUUUAUUUCAUGAAUUAAAAAUAAAAUUAAUGCAAAUGUUUAUAUUUUGCUUAAUGUAAAAAUAAUUUUAUUAUUUGUAUUUAUCGAUAAUUCUAUGUUUUAUUUCAAUUCUACAUAAUUCUACAUUGAUUAAAUUUCAGUUUAAAAAAUUCAGUAAUUUUCUAAAUUUAUGUAAUCUUUUUUAAUAAUAUUUAUGUGUAUUAAAUCAGGAGAAUCAAAAAUCAAACAAUAAGAAUUUGUUUCGUCUAUUUUUCUUUUUUGAUGGACAUUUGAAACUUAACAUACAUAAUGACGGAGAAAGAAGGAAAUGAAUAUGUUAUAGCUGAAAUUAUUGGUAAAUCAGAAAAAAUGGGAGAAAAUUUAACAAACGAAGAUGCAUCUGCCAGUUUUGAAACAAUUCAUUCAGAAACACCAUUAGUUCGAAAUGGAGUUCAAAUUACUUCUAAGGACAAAGCAAAAAUAUUUAAUUUUACAGUUGAUAUUUUGUUAAAAGCAACUGGUAAUGCACCAAUAAUGAAACAAAAAAAAUGGUCUGUCAGUCAAGAUUAUUGUAUUGGUCGUAUUUCUGAUUUUAUUAGAAGAUAUCUUAAAUUAGAUUCAAAUGAAAAAUUGUUUCUAUAUGUAAAUCAAACAUUUGCUCCUGCACCAGAUCAAGCACUGAAAAAUUUAUAUGAUUGCUAUGGUGCAGAUGGAAAAUUAAUAUUACAUUAUUGUAAAAGCCAAGCUUGGGGUUAAAAUUAUACUUAUAUGAUAAUUUUAUAAAUUAUUACAUAAAUGUAUUAUAUAUAUAUUAUACAUAUUUAAGUUUAAAAAAUUUUAUUAUUAUAUAAACAUUAUUUGAUAAGUAUUUAAUGAGUUUUCUAAUUGCAUUGAAUAAUAUAAAUUUUAUCAUAAUAAAUUUCAUAAUCAUAAACAUCAUAAAAUAAUAUAGAAAUAUUAUAAUAUACUAAUUAAAUGAAAAUAUUAUUAUGUUUAAAGAAAAUGAUUUUUUAUGUAUUUUUUUCAUUUUUUAAGUUAUUGUAAAUUUGUCGUAUUGUAAAUGAUAUUAUAUAGAAUGUAGUAAAAUACAUAAAAAUAUAAUUUUUAAA